CGUCAUUUCCGUUAUAGUAGUCUAAGGAAAUGCCUGCUUGAAAGAAAGUGCGAGGCAGCGGGCCACGUUUUUAUGAAGCAUGUUUUGUUAGUUUUAACUCUUCUUCUGGGUCAACGGAACGGUAACAAACCUGUUAAUGACUUUCUAUUAACCGCUGACGUCUGGAAAGUCAUCGUAAUAGAGAAACUGUGUCCUAGAUAGUGGUUAAACCAGCUCGUUUAUUAGUGACCCGCCAAAAGCCUGAAGAGAAGUUCAGCGAGGAAGUGACCAUUUUGUGAGUCGAUAUAUUGGAUUUUGUUCUUCUGUAGAACCGAAAAUGAGCGGUGGAUUCAACUUCGGGCAAGCCUCUACUGGAGGUUUCGCUUUCGGAGCUCCGAAGCCGGCAGCAGCAGCCCCGGCCCCGGCUACAGGCUUCGGGAUGACCGGCUCCAUGCCACCGGCAGCAGCUCCAGGAGGAGGAGGAGGAGGAGGCUUCGCUUUCGGCUCCUCCACUCAGCCCACCAACAACCCAGCCGGCUCCUUCAGCUUCGGCACCCCAGCAAAGAGCACAGCAGCAGCAGCAGCACCCGCAGGAGGAGGUGGCUUCUCCUUUGGGACCCCCACAGCCUCCUUUGGUAUGGCCACCCCUCAUACAGCAGCAGCAGCACCACCAGGGCUGACUCUGGGUUCAGUUCCAGCUGGGUUCGGCCUGGGUCCGGGUUUAUCCGCCCCACAGACUGUCAACCUUGCAGGAGGAGGUGGGUUCGCCUUUGGGACCCCUUCUCAAGCUCAACAACAACAACAACAACAACAGCAACAACAACAACAACAACAACAACAACUUGCAGCUCAACUCCAACCUGCUGCACAACCACCAACAGCAGCUGUGACAGCAACCCAAGGAGCAGGUGGCCUCGGUUUUGGGUUCAACUUUGGAGCAACUAAAGUCCAGGCGACCACAGCUGCAGCCCCUGUUGCUGCUGCUGCACCAGGAGGAGGGUUCAGCUUUGGCACCAGUGCUCCAGCCAACCUCACCCUGGGCAUGCAGCUGCAGCAAGCACCCACUGCUGCUGCAGCCAUGACAGCUCAGGGUGGAGGAUUUGCCUUUGGUAUCAAACCCUCAUCCACCCCAGCUCCUCCUGCAUCCACCCAGGCAGCUCUAGCUCCAGCUCCAGGCCCGUCUCUCUUUGCUACACCCGUCUCUACGGCUGCUGCUGCCGCUGCUGCAUCUGUAGCUGCAGCUGCUGCUAGUGCCGCUGCAAUGGGUACAGGCUUUACUAUGGGUGCAGUUCCAACUUUAGCAGCGAGCACCGUCCCUCCAUCGACCACAGCAGCCGGUGGAGGUCUGGCUUUUAUGCUUAAACCUCUGGGGGCUGCCACCAUCACCUCCGCCUCCGCCCCAGUCCCUGCCCAUACUGCCACCAUUACAGCUACCACAACGGGUGCUGUUCCCGGCUUCACACUGGGGCUCAAACCUCCAGUCAGCGCAAGCAUCACAACAGUCGCUACAGCAGCAACAAUGCCCACAACCACUGCUCCUCCAGUGAUGACCUACGCCCAGCUAGAGGGGCUCAUCAACAAGUGGAGUCUUGAGCUGGAGGACCAGGAGAGACAUUUCUUACAGCAGGCCACUCAGGUGAACGCCUGGGACCGCAUGCUGGUGGAGAACGGCGAGAAGAUCACCGCCCUGCACAAGGAGAUGGAGAAGGUGAAGCUGGACCAGAGGAGGCUAAACCAGGAGCUGGACUUCAUCCUGUCCCAGCAGAAGGAGCUGGAGGACUUGCUCUGCCCGCUCGAGGAGUCGGUGAAGGAGCAGAGUGGAACCAUCUACAUGCAGAACGCCGACGAGGAACGCGAAAGAACGUACAAGCUCGCCGAGAACGUGGACGCACAGCUGAAGAGGAUGUCGCAGGACCUGAAGGAGAUCAUCGAGCAUCUGAACACGUCCAGUGGCCCAGCAGAUACCAGUGAUCCACUUCAGCAGAUCUGUAAAAUCCUCAACACCCACAUGGAUUCACUUCAGUGGAUCGAUCAGAACUCGGUUCUCCUGCAGAGAAGAGUGGAGGAAGUGUCCAAACAAUGCGACAACCAGCGCAAGGACCAGGAGAAAACCUUUCGUUUAACAUUUGACUGAUCUGGAAUAAAUAUGUUGACAUGUAUAUUGACAUAAUCCGUUUAUUCAGUUAUCCUAAAGACUUUUUAGGGGUUGAUGUGUUUUUGGAUGCAAAACAUUCACAAUUCCUGUUAACUUGCUUUUUUUCCUUCAGCUGAGCCGUUUGGUUGCAUAAAGAUUCAUAUUUUCAACGCGAUAGCUUUUAUAUAGUAGUAGUGAAGCUAAUAUGUUCCCAUGUAAAUGCUCUGGUUGUUCUAAAUAAUAUGAUUAAAUAAAUCUCUGGAUUAAG